AUGGCGUUGUCGCUGGUGAAGGUGCUGUAUUCCGGAGGAAUCCUCGAGCGAAGAAAUGUCAAGGAAGCGAUGCAUGCAGCCAUCGAGACGGUUUGGCCGUCCAACAAAGUCAUCUCAUCCACGAGUUCGGAAGCCUCGCCCUGCUUCGUCCGCACUGGCCACGUGUGCAGCCACGGCGAAGGGAUCGGCGGCCUCUUCCGACGCAUGGAGUGGGUCAUCGCCAUCGCCACGCGGUAUCACUGCGCCUAUGUGUGCCAUGAGGCGGACUGGCCCACAGGAGGCCACGGCACUGGCAAUGUGGGGCACCUCUUUGGCUGUUCGUCCAAUGUGACCGGAGACCCCAGCAGAGUGGUGGCCGCCACGGCUAUCAAGGGGCUGACCACGGCCCGAGUUCAGUUGAAGUACGACGGCUCGCCACACUAUGUGCUCCGCUACAAGUACGGCCAACCGCUGUUGCGCAGCAGUGCCUGGUACGUGGAUCCGCCGCAAGCUCAGGUUUGGGAGCUGAACCCCCCGUGCCGUGAAAUCUUCACCGUGACGCACGAAACGACCUGGCGCUGGAUCCAGCAGCAGUUCCAUUUUGUGCGCACGGCCAUGGGACGAUCUGCAACUGCGUGGGGCGACGACGACGACGACGACGCCGACGACGCCGACAGCCGCGCGCGGCGGCCCGGCCGGCGGCGCCGUCUGCGCAUAGCUUUGCAGCUGCGGCGGGGCGACCGCCCGGCAGCCUGUCCUCUCUAUUUGUAUCUCAACGCUUUGCGGGACCUAUCCAUUGCUUUGCCCUGGAUCUCUGUCGAAACGACGAAGAUUUUGCUCAUCGGCCAGGUGAAUGUGACAUCGGAGGAAUUCACCUGCUUGAAGCGCCUUGAGGCUGAAAUUUUGGUGGUGAAGAAUCCCAAGGCAGAUGUAGCACCGGUAGCUUUGCAGUCCGACUUGGAUCACAUCAGCAGCUCCGACGUGUUGAUCCUGGGAGGGGGUGGCAGUUUCACCUGGCUGGCUGCCACGCUGCAGUGGCGAGGAAUCAUUCUGCACUCACAGACGAAAGACUCAGCAUUGGAUGGGCUUCCGCAUGCCUAUGCGUUGGAUGACACGGGCCGGUUUCCCUGCAACAGCAGCUACAACUUCUCGGACUACUUUGCCGCACGUCCGCUCGACCGCUCGAGUGGCGGCUCUAAGUUUCGGGAGCAGGUGGAACUGGCCAUGCAGGACUACAUGCGCUGGUAUGAAGAGGCCAAGCCCUGCGAAGGGCCUCGCGGCCGGGAUGGCUUUGGCAUUGGCAGAAGAUGCAAACCACCCGUCUUCAGCCCAGCUUGUGAGACGACGACUGCAAGUCCUAGCCCAUCAACGGUACCAACGGUACCAAGUCCCGCAGCAGCCGUGCCAAAUCGAGCAACGGUACCCCCAUCACGGUGGGUCAAUGUGACGGCAGCCCUCUACCCAUUGGACUCCAGGUAUGUGGCCUCCAGCAAAGCAUGUCCCGCAGCUUGUUUGGGGAAGCCCGGGAAGGAUUGCGAGAAGAGAUACUGUUGCAAAGCCAAAGGGAGCGCUGACACCUUUGAGACUCUUAGCUAUGAGCAUGUUGCUUUCUUGAGAAUCAGAUGCCAGGGGAACAUCAAUCAUGACUUUCAUCAGAGUUUUUGGCCUUUCUUCUGGUGGACAGCUGUCUACAACAACUCGGAUUUUGCGAUCCUGGUAGACAGGAUGGCCAAGCAUCCCAAUACGAGCUGCCCUGCUGCCUAUUGGUUGGAUGACUUGUUUUGGGCACUUUCCAAAGCAAACGGUUGGAAAGUUCACAACUUUUCAAGCACAAAAGAGUAUUGCAUCACUGGCGAGCUACACAUCCUUGAAGGUCUGCGGAACUGCUGCGACUACCGGUUGAAGCCUUCAGCGCUGCUGCGCUUUGCCGCGCCGCACUUCACCUUCGCCGUGCUGGGGCAGUUGGACCAGGAGUACCACCGCAAGGCGCUGAUCUACAGCCGUGGCCUCUCGUCGUCCUGGCGCCGGAUCCGGCGUCCCGAAGACUUGCGGCCGCUCCUCCGGAAGGACCUGGAUGUUGAAAUCUUGGCGGAUCUACCAUCGACCCUGGUGGCGCAAGCCCGUCUCUUCGCGUCCAAUGGCCUGGUCUUGGCGCCCAAUGGCGGUUGGGCUCCCAACGUGAUCUUCAUGCCGUUGGACAGUUGCUUGAUCGAGCUGCAUCUCUAUCAGUUGGACAGCUGGGUACAACGCUAUCUCCUCUACUCAACUAUUGGCGAAGUUCUCUUAAUUGUUGGGGACUACCGGGAUCCCGAGAAGAAGAAGAUUGUGCGGCCAAAGCGGAUUGGAGGAGAUGACGACUUUUUGGUACGGGGUGCAAAGAACAACCUCUACGAGGACAUUUACAACGAGAUGGCGCUGCACCAGAAGGAGGAAUGGAUCACCCGUGAGUUGGCGAAACACACGGAGAGAAAGGAUCUACCAUCGGUGGACGAGUUUCUGGAAGGAAGGGCCACGGCGGAGGGUACCCGUUUUUUCGAACUGGAGGAUGAUGAGGCAGAUGCUUCGCUUUCGGAAAGCCAAGCGAAG